AUGCGUCUGAAAGUCCAGCUGCUGCUCUUUAGCACUGGAUUUGAUAAUCUCCGGACAAAUUUGCGCAUAACCGCGCAAGUUGAGUUGUUUUACAGUGAAGAUGGGUUUCACAUUGGCAGCACAAAGUGGAAAAUCACCGUUGCAAUGGUCCUGAUUGAGGUAUUCGCUCAUAAUGAGUUCAUCUUGUGA